AUGGAGCAAGCGACGUACCUCUGCCUCUUCGUGGCUCUCUUGCUCCCUCUCCUGCUCCUCAGGCUGCUCAAGAAACGCGACGGCGACGGCGUUAGGCUGCCGCCCGGCCCGUGGAGGCUGCCGGUGAUCGGCAGCCUUCACCACCUCAUGGGAAACCCGCUCGUCCACCGCACGUUUGCCAACCUCGCGAGCCGGCUGGACGCGCCCCUCAUGUACCUCAAGCUCGGCGAGGUGCCCGUCGUGGUGGCCACGUCCCCGGACGCCGCGCGCGAGGUCAUGCGGACGCACGACGUCACCUUCGCCACGCGGCCGUGGAGCCCGACCAUCAAGAUCAUGAUGGAGGACGGGCAGGGUCUGGUGUUCGCGCCCUACGGCGACCUGUGGCGGCAGCUCCGGAAGAUCAGCAUCCUGGAGCUGCUCAGCGCCCGCCGCGUCCAGUCGUUCCGCCACGUCCGGGAGGACGAGGUCUCGCGCCUCGUCGCCGCCAUCGCCGCGACGCCGCCAGGGGAAGCCGUGAACGUGAGCGAGAGGAUCGCCGUGCUCAUCGCCGACUCGGCUGUGCGCGCCAUGAUCGGGGACAGGUUCAACAGGCGGGACGAGUUCUUGGUCUCGCUUGAGGAGGGGCUCAAGCUCGUAUCGGGGUUCAGCCUCGGCGACCUGUUCCCGUCGUCGCGGUUGGUGAACUUCCUCAGCGGCACGGCACGGCGAGCGCACGCGAACCACCUGAAGAACUUUGAGCUCAUGGACUGCGCCAUCAAGCAGCACGAGGAGCGGAGAGCCGCGGCGGCGGCGGCGAACGGCACUGUCGAGGAGGAGGAGGAUCUGGUGGGCGUGCUCUUGAGAAUUCAGAAGGAAGGUGCCCUCGACGUGCCUCUCACCAUGGGAAUCAUCAAAGCCGUUAUCCUUGAUCUAUUCAGCGCCGGAAGCGAGACAUCAGCAACGACACUACAAUGGGCCAUGGCUGAGCUUAUGAGAUACCCGAAUGCGAUGAAGAGAGCACAAGCAGAACUGCGCGAUAAUCUAAAAGGGAAACCGAAAGUAACCGAGGAUGACUUGGCCCAGAUGAAGUAUCUCAAGCUCGUCAUCAAGGAAACAUUGAGGUUGCAUCCGGCGGCACCACUACUUGUCCCAAGAGAGUCCAGGGAGUCAUGCAAGAUACUUGGGUAUGAUGUGCCAAAGGGCACCACGGUGUUCGUGAACGCAUGGGCGAUCAGCAGGGAUCCUAAAUAUUGGGAUGAUGCUGAGGAGUUCAAGCCGGAGCGGUUUGAAUCUGGUGCGAUCGACUUCAAGGGCAUGGACUUCGAGUACAUACCGUUCGGUGCAGGGAGGAGAAUAUGCCCAGGAAUGAUGUUUGCGCAGUCGAACAUAGAGCUUGCACUCGCAGCCCUGCUAUACCAUUUCGACUGGAAGCUCGCAGACGGGUUGAAGCCGAGUGAGUUGGACAUGACUGAGGAGAUGGGCAUCACUGUUCGGAGGAAGAAUGACCUGCUUCUGCGCUGCAUCGUCCGCGUGCCGCUCCAAUCCACAUAA